AUGCUCACUGCUACCGCCGCACCAGCAACCGGCACGGGAGAAACCACCAGCGUAGCACUCGGCUCCGAAACCAUCACCCUCAACCUAGGCCACAACGGCCUCAACGUCGGCGACAGCACAACCCUCUACCACGACGUCAACGCCGCCCUCGAAGAGCUCUGUUCCGAAAACUACUGCCUGGACAGACCCGCUACCUUCCCCAUCUCCGUCGUCGAAUCCACCUCCCGCGGCCCAUACUACAGGCGCCGCGUCAAGAGCACCAUCAGCCUCACCGUCCUGAUGGCCGACUGGGGCGGCCGCGCCGAUGUCCGCAAGGUCUUGAGCAACACUAUCGCCGCGGCAUUCGAGCGCGGUACGUACGACCCGAAGAACUGUUAUAUGAAUAGGGUUAAGGGCGAUAAGAUUGAGCAUUUUAGGGACUGUAUGACGACGGAUUAUGCGGAGGUCAUACUGUCGAAUGGGUAUAAUAUGAAUGUCUUGUUUGAGGGGCCGCGUAGUACGGCGAAGGGGCUGAACUUUGACUGUAAGAGGGAGGUUGAUGAUAUGGAUUCGUUCCUGAAGAAGGACUUGCCGUGGAAGCCGAAGAAUGCGCACGUCGUUUGUCUGCCGAAGUAG